GAGCCUCCAUUUAGGGAAGAGUUUGGUGGGGGUCGAUGAGAGUGCAGGCCAAAAAUUUAAACCAAGCAUUAUACUACCCAUGUCUACCCAUGUCUGUCAACUUAUUCAAAGCAAAUGCCAGCAGAAUUUAUAGGAAAAAAUAACACUUCGUCACAAUCAAGGAGGGAGUUUUGUGUUAUUUGCAUGUUCAUACGAAAAAAAAAAAAAGCCCCGUGGAGAAAGAGGAAGGGGAGCCUCUGUCCCUCCGCCCGAAUGCUCUGUCACUAGAGUAAUUUAAACAAGCACAAUGCAUAUAUAUUUGCGUACCCUUUUCUAAUUUUGCAGCCGGGUUGCUCGAAUAGUUAGCACUUGCAUAACACCCAUUUCAGUAUUACUGAGCUCUAGGCUUCAAUUUUGUAUGAAAUGGCAAGUUCAGCAUUAGUGCAAGGGUUUGGGGGGUUCUCAGGCCUUGUAUCGCCCUUUUCUUCAUCUUCUCCACAGAAAAGGCUGAUUAUUGGGCUCUCGAACCUGCAGUCAGAACAAAAGAAAAGUUUCAUCAGUGUCAGAUCAGAUGCAUCAGUUUCUCAUUUUUCUAAUUCGGUGAAUCGCGCUUCCAAGUUGGUCACUAAUGCUGUGGCGGUAAAAGGUGAAUCUGCUGCAAGUCCUGUGUCAUCAAAGAGUGGGCAUGAGCUACUUUUGUUUGAGGCUCUCCAUGAAGGUUUGGAUGAGGAGAUGGAGAGAGACCCUCGAGUCUGUGUCAUUGGAGAAGAUGUUGGUCAUUAUGGAGGUUCAUACAAGGUUACCAAAGGAAUGGCAACAAAAUAUGGUGAUUUGAGAGUGCUGGACACACCCAUAGCAGAAAAUUCCUUCACAGGGAUGGCCAUUGGGGCUGCUAUGACAGGUCUAAGGCCUAUAAUUGAAGGAAUGAACAUGGGUUUCCUAUUGUUGGCCUACAAUCAAAUAUCAAAUAACUGCGGCAUGCUUCAUUAUACUUCAGGGGGGCAGUUUACUAUUCCUGCAGUUAUACGAGGCCCUGGGGGCGUAGGGAGGCAGCUAGGUGCAGAACAUUCUCAGCGCUUGGAAUCUUACUUUCAGUCUGUUCCUGGGCUACAAAUGGUCGCUUGCUCAACACCAUACAAUGCGAAGGGACUAAUGAAAGCAGCAAUUAGAAGUGAGAACCCGGUUAUCUUGUUUGAGCAUGUUCUUCUCUACAACUUGAAAGAGAAGAUUCCAGAUGAAGAAUACAUAUGUUGUCUGGAAGAAGCUGAAAUGGUUCGACCGGGUGCAGAUGUAACCAUUCUUACUUACUCUAGGAUGAGAUAUCAUGUUAUGCAAGCAGCAAAGACACUAGUGAAUAAGGGUUAUGAUCCAGAAAUAAUUGACAUCCGUUCUUUGAAGCCCUUUGAUCUGUAUACUAUCGGCAAUUCAAUAAAGAAGACACACAAAGUGCUAAUUGUUGAGGAGUGCAUGCGAACUGGUGGCAUUGGAGCUAGUCUCAGGGCUGCAAUUAUUGAGAACUUCUGGGACUAUUUGGAUGCGCCCAUUAUGUGCUUAUCAUCACAGGAUGUGCCCACACCAUAUGCGGGCACAUUAGAGGAAUGGACAGUCGUGCAGCCACCCCAAAUUGUAACAGCAGUGGAGCAAAUUUGUCAGUAGGAUCUGGGCCACUUUUAAGUGUGCAAAAGAGCUUAAGAAUCAAGAAACUACUGAGCUUCCUUUCAGUGUAACAAACGGAUUUAAUUCUUCUAUCAUUUUUGCAGUCAUAUUUAUUCGGAGACAUUAUUCUGCUUUCAUUGUGUUUUUAUGUCUAUUCGGAAUAAAUUAACAGCUUAUAUAUUUUAGAAAUGAUAAACAAAAAUAGUUAAAGAGAAUGGCAGAAACUGCGAUUACGAAGAUGGUAGACAAGAAGAUUUUAAUGUUUAUACCUUUUGAAUGCCAAAGGGAAAAACAUCUCUAAUAAACAUGUCAGAAGAAUCAAAUAUUACACUUAAAUUUAUCUCUGUAAUGUUUGUGUGAUUGAUCCCUUUCACUCAAUUUGAAAGAGAAUUAUUUGUUUGUUUA